GCAUCCUAGCAUGUCGGGCAUCGUGGUAUUGGUAAUUGACAAGGAAGUGGUCGAAUAACCUGCUGAAGUAGGCGGGAUAAAGUUAACCUCGCUUUUUUUUGCUAAUGGUCUUGUGGCGUGUUUGUGUCACGAGAAGUCAACGUCAAUAUCUGCUUUCGUUCAUUCGUAGGGUAGCUGUAGAAACGACAGUGAAUCGACGAAACAGAAAAGUUGAUUCGGGAUCUGUGAAGUCUCUUCAUGGCAGUCAGAAGGGGACACAUUAGAUACUUAAAAGAGGUGCAUGACAUGUCUAACGGUUACGAAGAUCACAUGGCUGAUGACAAAGAUGCCAGAACAAACCUUAUUGUCAAUUACCUGCCCCAGAACAUGACCCAAGAUGAAUUGCGCAGUCUCUUCAGCAGUAUUGGGGAGGUAGAGUCUGCUAAGCUCAUCCGUGAUAAAGUGGCAGGCCACAGUUUAGGGUACGGAUUUGUUAACUAUCUUAACCCUAGUGAUGCAGAAAGGGCAAUCAAUACACUCAAUGGGCUGAGACUACAGUCUAAAACUAUCAAGGUGUCUUAUGCCAGACCCAGCUCAGACACUAUAAAGGAUGCCAACCUGUACAUUAGUGGGCUGCCCAAAACCAUGACGCAGAAAGAUGUGGAAGACAUGUUUGCACGCUAUGGUCGAAUCAUUAACUCGCGUGUCCUGGUAGACCAGGGAACAGGUAUGUCACGGGGUGUGGCGUUCAUUCGCUUUGAUAAGAGGGCAGAGGCUGAAGAUGCAAUUAAGGACUUGAAUGGGCAGAAACCACCUGGUGCCACAGAGCCCAUCACAGUGAAGUUCGCCGCAAACCCCAACCAGGCGAAGAACUCCCAGAUCAUCUCGCAGAUCUACCACGCACAGUCCCGGCGCUUUGGAGGGCCUGUACACCACCAGGCCCAGAGGUUCAGGUUCUCCCCCAUGAGUGUGGACCACAUGAGCAGUAUCUCUGGCGUGAAUGUCCCAGGGAACUCCACCUCGGGCUGGUGCAUCUUCAUCUACAACCUGGGCCAGGACGCAGACGAGGGCAUUCUGUGGCAGAUGUUCGGUCCAUUUGGAGCGGUCACCAACGUCAAAGUCAUCCGAGACUUCAACACCAAUAAAUGCAAAGGGUUUGGCUUUGUGACCAUGACAAACUACGAAGAGGCAGCAAUGGCCAUUGCUAGCCUCAACGGUUAUCGCCUUGGGGACAAAAUCUUACAGGUGUCUUUUAAAACCAACAAGUCUCACAAGUAAACAUAAGACCCAAAUGAAGGAGAGAUAUCAAGUUUUUCUGCAGAAAAAAAAGAGGUUGGCACUGUUUAAAUGCUAAUCAUUUUUUUUUUUUAGUGUAAUCCACUCCGUGCAUUUUCAAGUUUUACAAUAUUCGUAGAUGUCUAAUGGAAAGUAGAUACUUUUCAAUAUGUUGGAUGAUGCGACAAAUGUUUUAAGUGUGUUCUGCAUCUCUGAAAUGAUAUAGACCAACUCCAUACUUCGAAAAAAAAUUGUAGUAUCUGUGUGAUAAUGUCACAAUGUGCCAUAUGUGUGGAGAAAAACUAAAGGCAUGCUGUCUUUGAGACUCUGAUCUACUGUCCCAUAGCACUAUGGUGGUUCAUGAGUCCAAGAUAGUUUGGAAGCAAGAUGCCUUAAUCUUAUGAUUUCCCCCCAGUCCCUCCCCACCUCUGUCACACAUUCAGAGAAGUCGUCACUUGUUGGUCUGUAUAAUUGCAUGACUAUCAGUCACUGAGCAACACCAUAGGCAAUGAGCUCUCAGAGAAGCAUCAGAGUUUUAAGUACAGCUUUCUUGGCACUUGAUUUCAAAAGAAGAAAGAAAAAAAAGUUGCAUGGUCAAUAUGAGGGGUGUGAUGCUAUUGCGUUCUUACGAGUAAAGCAUUGAGGGGAUUUUUUUUUUUAACUUGUAAUUUUAUGAAAGGGACCCUGAGAAAAGACUCAAAGGACCAAAGAAAUCGAUUGAAGGUGUCAUUUCCCUCUCACAAAAAAAACAAGUGGGGCAUGAAAACAAGUGGGGAUUUGGAGCAAAUCCUCCCUCCCUACCUCCCUGAAUUGGAAUAUCUGGAUACAAGGUACUAAAUAUCUAUGUUUAAAAAUCUCAUUUGAAGCAUUGCUGUUCUUAUGUGAAAUGUUUGCUUUAUGUCUGAUUAGGAUUUUCUUUAAUUUUUUUUGCCUGAGGGGAAGUCAAAUUAGCUUUUUUUCUCUGAAGUUUAGCUAUGAAAUAUGAAAGAGGCUGUUUAAUUUUUUUCUACAUACUAAUCCCUGAAGCUUCUGAAGACUGCCUUGUGAUUUUAUUGAUUUUGUUUUUCCUCCUUUUGUUUUUUCUUUUGCUUUUGUGGUUUCCUUUGUUUUCAUUGUUUCACUUGGCAUUUGCUAUCAUUAAAUUUUAUUUCGUUUUGGUGACCUUUUUUUGUUUUGUUUCUUUUUUUAAUUUUAAAACAUUUUACAGUUUUGAUUUCACCCAUCCAUUUUGGUUGGUCAGUGUCGUUUGGUCAGAGGUUAUAGCGUCAUGCCAUGUCAAGCGGUGUCCCAGUCAGCAAAGACUCGGGUAAACUUGCUCCAGCCUUGGAUUGUUCUUUUCUCUCAGUGUGAGAUUUUUGACAGCACAGAUUUGAUAUAAUACUUGAUGGUAGACCAAAUGGAGUUUAGAAUUGACAAUAUACCAGCUCACUGGAUGUCUUGGAGCAGGCGCUGAUCUCAAAAUAUGUCAAUUCAUCUUUUAAAGCUGAUUCUGAUUACUGGAUAUUCUGACAUCUGUCAGGAGUAUAUAAUUAAAGUGUUUUGUGCCAUCUUGGAGCGGGCAGUUGUCAUACUGAUUGUUUCUGAAAGUCAGAGCACUCAACUUGAACAUAGUAAGAAUGGAUUUUAAUGAUCACAAUCCUCAGGUUUGUUGUUUUAUUGUGAAAGAUGGUCUGAGAACACCUAUGGCCCUAUUUUGACUGCCUGUCCUGCUGAUUUAAGUUAAUUCUCUUUGGAACGACGCACCGCUCCUGGCAUUCAUUUGAGUGAGGUGCAAGCAGAAAUAAAAGGGAGGAGCCUAGCGCUUGAAGUUAAAAAUAGUUUAACCAAACAUGCUCUAGCACAGAAGAGGACUCAUUACAAGCUGUGCCAUUUGGAAUUAGAUGGUAUACACUUCCGGUCUCCAAAGUGGGCGUGGUGGCCUCUGGAUAGAUGACUUUGAGUUAUGCUGUUAUCAGUAGAGGUAAAUGGCCUUACAAGUACAUUUUUGGAAUGUAUACGUGCAUCUAGGUUACAUUUCCAUUAUGUAUUAAUAUUUUCUAUUUGUUAACAUUACAUAUUUACACAGCUAACAGCCAUAUUUAGAAUUACGGUAAUUGUUAUAGAGCAUCCAGACUUGGACGUUUGGUUUUGAACAAGAUAACGUGUCAGGAAAAAUAUAACGUUAAUCCGAAAUCCAAAUGGGAAAACGGCACACAUUAAGAAUAGUUUUGGCAGCAUUAUUGUAUUGUAUGAAAUGUCUUUCUGUGUAUUUUAAACACUAAACAUAACGGCUGCAGUACAAAUGUAAUAUUUGCCAUUUAUUUUACAGCUUUUUUUAAUUGUUAAGCUUAAUAUCUGAACCGUCUCUGGUUUAGCUCUGUACCAACGGUCACCAACAUAGAGAAGAGAUACAAUGUCUGUGUUGCCAGCGUGUUUGCUGACUCACAGAUGGGUCUCGAACAAAGUUAAUUUUCUCCUGAUUUGUCUGUCUGAAAAAUGCCAUUUUAGUGUCAAUGUUAGGAAGAUAUGUGGCUUGUGGAAAAUGUAAUAUUUAUUAUGGGGCGAAAUAAUCGGUGGUAAUUUGUGCUCACCUUCACUUCUCCCAUUAGACUAGAGUGAAAAGACACAGGACUUGCCGCUUGUCUGCUAAAGGGGCGGGGCAGUGCAGUGUCGAACCCAUGUGACCUAUACAGGAAAUGACUAAAAUUGACCAUCUCGGUUUCUGAAA